GCGCCGAGGGCCGCCUUCCGAGCCGUGGGAUGCCAUUGGCCCGAGGCGCUCCCCCUCCCCCCCCGCGCCCGCCCCUUGCGCUUCUGCCGUAUCGCGCCCUCGGGCGGGGGAACGGAGCCGGCGCUGGCCCUUUAACGGCCCCGUCCCGGGGGCCGGCGCUGCGCGUGCGCACUGAGGCUCUGCGCUUGUCAUCAUGGCGACGCGGGGCCAUGUGCAGGACCCUAACGACCGGCGCCUCCGGCCCAUCUACGAUUAUCUUGAUAAUGGCAAUAAUAAGAUGGCAAUUCAGCAAGCUGAUAAACUGCUGAAAAAACACAAAGAUCUUCAUUGUGCUAAGGUAUUAAAAGCGAUUGGGUUACAGAGGACCGGGAAGCAGGACGACGCCUUCGCCCUGGCGCGAGAAGUCGCCGCACUCGAGCCCACCGACGACAAUUCCCUGCAGGCGCUAACCAUCCUCUAUCGGGAGAUGCACAGGCCGGAACUGGUCACCAAGCUUUACGAGGCCGCUGUGAAGAAGGUCCCCAACAGCGAGGAGUACCACUCCCACCUCUUCAUGGCCUACGCCCGGGUUGGGGAGUACAAGAAGAUGCAGCAGGCUGGAAUGGCACUUUAUAAGAUCGUACCAAAAAAUCCUUACUAUUUUUGGUCUGUCAUGAGUUUAAUUAUGCAGUCUAUAUCGGCACAGGAUGAGAACCUCUCCAAAACCAUGUUUUUGCCCCUCGCGGAGAGAAUGGUAGAAAAAAUGGUCAAGGAGGACAAGAUAGAAGCUGAGGCCGAAGUCGAGCUUUAUUACAUGAUUCUGGAACGGUUGGGAAAGUAUCAGGAAGCCCUGGAUGUCAUCAGAGGCAAACUAGGAGAGAAGCUGACCAGCGAGCUCCAGAGCAGGGAAAACAAGUGCAUGGCCAUGUACAAGAAGCUCAGCAGGUGGCCCGAAUGCAACGCACUCUCCAGGAGGCUUUUGUUAAAGAACUCAGAUGACUGGCAGUUCUAUUUGACUUACUUUGACUCUGUCUUCCAACUCAUCCAUGAAGCCUGGAGCCCUCCUGCGGAAGGAGAACACUCUCUGGAGGGAGAAGUGCAUUAUUCUGCAGAAGAAGCCAUUAAGUUCAUCGAAGAGAGGAUCCUGGAGGAGUCCAAGAGCUCCCGGCACCUUCGGGGGCCAUACCUGGCCAAGCUGGAGCUUAUCCGGCGCCUGCGGCAUCAGGGCUACAAUGACGAGCACAAGCUGGGUGACCCAGAAGAGCUGAUGUUUCAAUAUUUCAAAAGGUUUGGAGAUAAGCCUUGUUGCUUUACUGACCUGAAGGUGUUUGUUGACCUCCUGCCCGCCUCCCAAUGUACAAAGUUCAUCAACCAGCUCCUGGGAGAAGUGCCGCUGUCCACUUCCACGGAGGAGAAGUUAGCCCUGCCCGUCGACAUCAAGGGCCUGCAGCAGCACCUGUGCGUGGUCCAGCUGAUGCGGCUCCUGGGUCUCUACCACAGCAUGGACAAGGAGCAGAAGCUGAGGGCAGUCCGCGAGCUGAUGCUGAGAUACCAGCACGGCCUGGAGUUCGGAAAAUCCUGUUUGAAAACAGAGCUGCAAUGUUCAGACUAUUACUGUCUCCUUGCUGUACACAUGCUCCUCGACAUGUGGUUGGAAGCAGGGGAAGAAAGGGCUGCAUGGCAGGCCCUGACAUUACUAGAAGAGGGCUUAACCCAUAGUCCUUCCAAUGCCCAGUUCAAAUUGCUGCUUGUCCGAAUCUACUGCUUGCUCGGGGCCUUUGAGCCCGUGGUGGACCUGUACUCCAGCCUCGACGCCAAGCACAUCCAGCAUGACACCAUCGGAUACCUUCUGACCCGCUACGCGGAGCCUCUCGGUCAAUAUGCUGCUGCCUCCCAGUCCUGCAACUUUGCACUCAGGUUUUUCCACUCCAACCAGAAAGAUACCUCAGAAUAUAUUAUUCAAGCCUACAAAUAUGGUGCAUUUGAGAAGAUCCCAGAGUUCAUCGCUUUCAGAAACAGGCUCAACAACUCUCUGCACUUUGCCCAAGUGCGCACGGAACGGAUGUUGCUGGACCUGAUGCUGGAAGCCAAUAUAUCGACCAGCUUAGAAGAAAGUGUCAAGUCCAUGAGUCUGAGCCCCGAGGAGGACGACAUCCCCUGGAAAGACCUGCGAGACAAUAGGGACCUCCACGUUUUCUUCACCUGGGAUCCCAAAGAGAGGGACAUUUCCGACGAGCACAAGAAACUCUCCCUGGAGGAAGAGACCCUCUGGCUGCGCAUCCGUUCCCUGACCCUGAGAUUGGUCAGCGGGCUUCCAACUCUCAGCCACCCCGUGGAGCCAAAAAACUCGGACAAGACGACAGAGAACGGCGUCUCCUCGAGGAUCGAUACCAUCCGUUCACUUCUCCAGCAGCUUGAAGGCGUGCUGGACGCGGGAAAGCGAUUUGUGGAGCGGAAGGUCCAAUAUCCUUUCCUGGGUCCUGUCCCCACCCGGAUGGCCGGCUUCUUCAGCAGCGGCUGCUGUCAGUGCCAGACCAGCUCCUUCUAUCUCGUCAGCGAUAUUUAUGAACUAGAUACCAAUGGCCUAGAGGACACGGCCGAGAUCCAGGAGAGAAUAGGGAAUAGUUGUGACUCUUUACUAGAGCAAUUAAGGGAAGUGUUCAGUCAGUGUAAAGGAGACAUGCUAGAAGUACAGGACGGGGGCCUGAAGACGCAUCCCAGAAUCUUAGAGAAUUUGGUCUUCUUUGUGGAGACCAUCUCCAUUGUUCUCUGGGUGACGAGUUACUGUGACAAUGUCCUGCAGCCGUAUAAAUUAAAUCUACAGAAGAGGAAAAAGAAGAAAAAAGAAACCAACACCCUGAUGCCGCCCAUCUUCUCCAGCUUCCAGCACUAUGUGGCCGGUCUCCAGCUGCUCAUCUCCAGCGUCCUAGAGCACAUCAAGGGGCUCGAGACUCUGCUGGCCGCACUGAAACUUGAAGAAUUAUCCCUAGAAGACCCUGCUCUUUCACAGGAGGAGAAGUUCACAAAGACUGUGCAUGGGAAGGUGCAGAGCAGCUACCAGCACUCGCUUCAGGAAAUCGGGGAGCUGCUGAAAAAGCGGCUCGAGACCAUGAAGAAGCUCAAAGUGUAACUGCAGAGGCCGGACCGCCCAGGAAGACUCCUGGCCCCAGCCCCACCCAGCUGCCCGCCGCCGGACUCCACAACUUCCUCAUAAAAUGCAUGAAGGACUUUGAUCUUGAAUUAAUUUUUUAGGUAUUAACUAUAUACAGCUGAUUAAAUUAUUGUACAUAAACCGGCAGCCGAGCCCUCCCCUAGGUUUGACCACUUUUUAUACGUGUUCAUUAUUAAGCAUAUGGCAGCAACCAGAGAAACCCUCCUCUUCCUCCUUUCCAUCUCCAGAAACUUCUGGGGCUCGUUUUUAGAAGCAGCAAUAGCAACUCCGAAAUAAAAGCUCCAGCCCAGGGCAGCCGGACGGCCCUCCCCGGGAGGGAGAAUCGGGGUCUGGCCUUGCCUUGCCUUAGAAACAGCAGAAAGCAGAGGCCUGUUCGCCUUGGAACCCACCCCUCCCCUGGAGCUCCCUGGGGGAUGGGGGCAAAGGAGCCUCCGCUCUGGACACUCGGGGGCGCCCCCGGCAUCGGGGCCAGCGGGCCGGGCAUGAGAAGGAGGGCCGCGAGCUCUGGCCCUGCCCCGUGCCCGCCUUUGAAAUCUGAACCAGGGAUAGGGAGGCAGUGGAAGCAGCUGUCCGAGGGAGAGAAGGAGCCGGAGCGUCUCCAAGGCCACGGGUCCCAAACAGCCCGGCCUCUCGUCCGUGGGCCGGAGUGACGGGAAUCGCUGUUGGAAAGCCAAGAGACGUGAUGUACAUAAUAUAUGCAGUGAAUCCCUGUACCACUGUCACUGAUUCUUCAGUCAUAUACUACAAUCAGUUCAUGAAUUAAAAACAAAAAAAUAGGUGCUUGAAAAUGAAGACUUAGUGCUUGAGGGCCUUUGCUGGUGGGGACAGGGCAGGGAGGGAGCGGGCAGAGCCCUGGGCACGUGCAGGGCUUUCAGGCCGAGCCAAAGUCCCUGGAGCUUCCUGUGUGGUCCGAGGUGGAGAGCCCCCUCAGGGCUCGGGCAGCCCUGCUCCCCGGAAGGAGCCCGAGGACGCCCCUGCCUGGGCACUGGGGGUGCGUGGGGCUGGCUUCUUCCCCGACCCUCGGAUCACACGCAGAGUGCGCUACUCUUUAAAAGCAAGUAACUCUUCUCUUCUCCAAUGAAUUUGACCAUUUUUUUUUUAAUUUCUUGGAAAGGUUAAAAAAAAAUCUUCCUAUGCAAAAACCACUUGCUUUUUUGGCUCUCCUGGCUUUGAGAGACCUUUGAGGGUUUCAGAAAUCUGUGAUCUGGCCUAGAAUAAUUGAUUUUCCUAUUUAAAACUCUGAAAGAAAGUUGAAAAGGAUCACAAUCCCCUCCUCCAAAAAGACUUAACUAAAAAGGCUCCAUCGCUGACAACUGGGACCCUGGAAGAGAGAAGUCGCUUUGACGGGAAACGCCGGCGGUCAGUCUCCUGGGCCGCCGUCACCAGAGGAAGGCCGAAGACUGUCUGCAAAGAGCUCCGGACCAGACGCGGUUCGGCCCCGGCCUCCGGCCCGUGGGGUGGGAGUGGGGAUGGGAGGCGGUCUUUCCAGGAGAGCUUUUGGAGGGGGUUGUGGGUAUGGGUGGGUGCGUGUCUGUGUCCGUGCGUGUGCUGGAGGGAGGCUCUCCGUGACCAUCCCGAAAUGUACCCUCUGUAGAAAUAGCCGCCGAGAGAAGAUGGACCUCGCCCGCUGAGCAUGCACAGGGUCAGGAAGCUGGGUCCUGUCCCGAGGGGGCGUCUUGCGGUUCCUGCGGCCUCUCCAGCCAAUCUCUGCUUUCCGGUGGUGGUCACCCCCAACCCCCCAAGGGUUCAGUGUCAAAUAAUGUUAUGGGGGGGGGGGCGGGGAUUGUUACUUUAUUUCUUGUUGACUUUUGUAUUAACUGUAGCAUUGAAAUCAAAUUCAACCUCUUACAUCUUGCAAUGUCUUUGUAUAAAAAAAAAAAAAAAACAAACGAAAAACUAAAUUGUGUGCAGAAAUGGC